AUGGAUUACCAGGAAAGGUGGGGUACGAAGACGGGCGGUGCGUUUGUUCAAACUCCAGAGUCUCAGGCGGUCAGCUUGACGGCAUUCCCGCAGCGCACUUUGGGUGCGUCUUCGUUCAAACGGAGGCUGGGGAUCGAACAUCGACGAAGGACAAGAGUUUCAACAAAGGCAUACGAGGCAAACAGCGCUUCAGACCAAGAAGAGUCGCAAGUCAGUUUGCCCGCCGCGAAACUCUUUCCGAGGUUGUACGAGCUCAGCUUCGAGGACCGCUGGAGGUUAUAUGACACUCUCCGGAAAGAGCUUUACAUGCUCCGAAGCAAACUCAAUUACAUAGAUUCACCGAUUCCCGAAGAUCUGGCUGUUCCGACCAGCAGAUUGGAAGCGGCUGCAGUUGCCGCAGGGAUCCUACCUCCCGACAAUCCCGACGAGACAUUACAGAGCCUCUUUGGGCGGUUCUUCAGGCCCGCCGAAAAUUCUCGUUCCGAGGCUCUUCGCAGCGACCGAAUCGCUGGCAAAGACGGUGAUUCUGUCGCCCCAAAACUGGUCGAGUCGCCGGGCCGGUACUUUGCCAUAAGCGGGCGGGACGCGACAGUCGACUGCUUCAUCGAGAACCUGGCUGACGUCUACGCAUCGUUUCGGUUCUUUGAAACGUGUACGAUCGGAAAAAAGGGCGUCAAUAUGGGAAGUAUGAUGGAACACCUUAGGGGAGAAACGCAGUUCCAGUUCGCGGUCGCCGCGGCCGGCCUCGGCAAAACCACCUUCUUCCGCGAGCUCCAUUCCCUGCUCCAUACGCGCCGCCGGCUUAUGGAAACGCGCUCCCCCGGAGCAUUCACACUCUGGCUGAAAGCCCUGUUGGGGUCGAGAGAAUUUUGGCGCCGUCACUUGGACUCUCCUCGGGACGUGGAGCUCUUUCAGGGACGACUGGAGGUUAUGUUGGAAAAGCGGCUUUUGUUUCAAAUGCCAGACGAUCGGCCCACUUCCGAAGAACGUGACGUGUGCGGGUAUAUCGGGUGCCACGUGCUGGCCGCUCGGAUGCUUUACGCGGCCGUCAGAAGCACUGGGCCGUGGGGUUCUUACCCCGACUUCCUGCGCUUCUUCUGCGACCGCGCCUCCGGGCUUCUCCGACAACUAGAGCCGCGAGACGUCUUCCGGUUCAUCUGGCAGUGCUCGGGCCUGUCCCCCGACACCCCAGGAAUGGUCGUUUUCUGUUGGGACAAUGCACACGUGGAGGACCAAACUUUUGCUAAGGAAAUGAUGCGCGCGUACACUGACUACGUCAUCUUCGAUAGGCAACUGCUCAAGGGGGGCGCGGCUACGCGCGAGCACGCGCAUUUUACGGCGUUGGUAUACGGGGGCGAACGGGUCGGGAUGGCGGAUCUCGGCCAGCGCAACGAUGCGAAGUCCAAGACGAUUCCGCUUCCGCUGCUCUCCAAGGAAGACGUGUCGUACAUCGUUCUCGACUUCGUCCAACGCAUCGGCGGACGGCGUUUCCGGACCAUCCCCAAACACGUCGACGUCAUCCUCGAUCUAGUUCAGGGUGACCCUGGUCUGCUCGAGCUCGCACUGGUCUGCAUGAGCGGAGGCGACGGGAAGGAAAACAUUUUAGAUGUCGAGGGGCUUUUGAGAUUCUGGUCCUCCCGCGGGCGCGACCUCCCCGACGCGGCCGCGCGCCUCGCCGCCGCGGCCGCGCGCCAACUUUCUGCUGCGGAACUUCCGCUCCGGAACCUCCCUACGGAACCGGGCCCCGCAGCGGAGCUCCUGCGGACCGUUUUCAGCUACAGCGCGGUUGAAGCGCGCAUUUACAGAAAGAAGACAAUUCUGCGCGGCGCCGAAGAGGGCCUGAAAUGGGAGGACCUGGAAUGCGCGGGGUUGAUUUCUUUGAUUGACGCGCGCUUCGCGGUUACCCGCCGGAGAACCGACCUGUGGUGCGGGGACCGUCAUGAGCCCUCAGCAAAUGCGUAUUUACAUCCGCAGCUGGUCAGGGUGUGUCCGCUUGCGGUACACGCUCUGAUGGAGAAAAGCGGCCUUUUGACCAGCGACUUGCUUCACACCGUCUCGCCUCCAGUCUACAAAGACAAACUGGAACGAGACGUGGGCGUAAUCGUGGAAAAGCUGAGAGCGAAGCGAUUCUUAGAGGAGGACUUCUGCUUGUUGGACGAUCUGAUCGGGCCCCUAAGCGACUUGACGGCGUAUAAGGAACUUAUCCUGAAGGUUCCCUCCACCCAUUUCGAGAUUCACCGGGUUGAAGGAAGCGUCAAUGCCGGCGACGUGCAAAGCGUCCGGUUGUUCGCUCCUUCCGCCGUGUCAGAGGCCUACGGAACGCUCCGGAAGAGCGGAACGACCUGGCCCGUAACCCCGGGUUUGCACGCGUUUCUGACCAUAAUCGACGGAACCAUAACGGAACGCGAAUGGCGGAAAGCGACGGCGGAGCGCCACGUGGAAGUCAUCCACGCGGGCUGCGAUGAGCGGUUCUACGGCGCGCAAGGGAGUGCGUUUAGAGCGUGGGAUGCGCUUCGACGACUGCACCAGACCUGCCCACAGCUUUCGCCCACAAAAGCGCCGCCACCGACAGCCGACCCUGCGACAGGAGAGAACGUCUUCGAAGGUUGA